GAGAUGAUCAAGAAUGAGCAGAGUUUUUGAUGGACAUUAAUCUCACAUCAAAAUUCAAAAUUCCGGUUUAGAUUUCCAUUAAAUUGUAAAACACUGUUAGAAUUUGGAUAGAUAACUAGAAAUUACCUCCGAUAGCAACAAUUAAUACGGUGUUUGGAUGGCAAUAUAAAAUGUCUGGCCCAAGACAUUCAUAUUCUGAUACCACACCACUCUUAAAACAACAUCAUCACGACGACGACCAUCACCACCACCACCGCUUCUCUUCUCAUCCUGCCGCCAUCGAAAUGACCACACCUCCUCCGCCUCGCCGCUCAGUCUACCUUGGCGUCGAUGUUGGCACCGGGAGUGCUCGCGCAGGACUCUUCGACGGGGAUGGCAAACUUUUGGGUUCUGCCAGUAGCCCAAUUCAGAUUUGGAAAGAAGGUGACUGCAUCGAGCAAUCUUCAACUGAUAUUUGGCUUGCCGUCUGCACUGCUGUAAAAGCAGCAUGCUCCCUUGCAAAUGUUGCCGGGGAAGAAGUAACAAGUUUGGGAUUUGCUGCCACUUGUUCCCUUGUUGCUGUGGAUUCUGAUGGUGAGCCGGUAUCAGUUUCUUGGAGUGGUGAUACUAGGAGGAAUAUCAUAGUUUGGAUGGACCAUAGAGCAGUAAAGCAAGCUGAACGGAUAAAUUCCUCCAACUCACCUGUUUUGCAGUAUUGUGGUGGAGCUGUAUUUCCAGAAAUGGAACCACCAAAGCUUUUGUGGGUGAAAGAUAAUCUGAAAGAAUCUUGGUCAAUGGCAUUUCGUUGGAUGGACCUUAGUGAUUGGUUGUCUUAUAAAGCAACAGGAGAUGACACUAGGAGCUUGUGCUCUACUGUUUGCAAAUGGACCUAUCUGGGUCAUGCACACAUGCAUCAAGCCUCUGAAGAAGACUCUCGGGACAUGGAAGCUUGUGGAUGGGAUGAUCAAUUCUGGGAGGAGAUUGGUUUAGGUGAUCUUGUUGAUGGCCAUCAUGCCAAGAUAGGACGGAGUGUAGCUUUCCCUGGUCAUGCUCUGGGUUGUGGUUUAACACCAGAUUCUGCAAAGGAAUUGGGCCUUCUGGCUGGGACACCUGUGGGUACUUCAAUGAUAGAUGCCCAUGCUGGUGGUGUUGGUGUGAUGGAAAGCAAGGCUGGUUCAGAUCCUGAAUCAAAAGAGACUGAUGUGGAAGCUAUAUGUCGUCGCAUGGUGUUAGUAUGUGGAACAUCCACUUGCCAUAUGGCAGUGUCACAUACAAAACUGUUCAUUCCAGGAGUCUGGGGACCAUUUUGGUCUGGUAUGGUGCCUGAGUAUUGGCUCACUGAGGGCGGCCAGAGUGCCACAGGGGCAUUAUUGGAUUAUGUAAUUGAAAAUCAUGUUGCCUCACCCCACCUUGUAAAAUCUGCCGCUUCACGAAGAAUCUCAAUUUUCGAGCUGUUGAAUGAGAUACUGGAGACAAUGAGGCAUGAGCUGGGUUCUCCAUUUCUUGCUGCUUUGACUAAUGAUACACAUGUUCUUCCCGACUUUCAUGGUAACAGAUCUCCCAUUGCAGACCCUAAAUCGAAAGGAAUGCUGUGUGGCUUAACUCUUGACACUAGUGAAAAACAACUAGCUCUUCUAUACCUUGCCACAGUACAAGCUAUUGCAUAUGGCACACGUCACAUUGUAGAGCACUGCAAUGCCCAUGGACACAAAGUUGAUACAUUGCUCGCUUGUGGAGGACUUGCAAAGAACCCGCUUUAUAUCCAAGAACAUGCAGAUAUAAUCGGUUAUCCUAUAAUUUUACCACGGGAAAAUGAAUCAGUGCUUUUGGGAGCUGCAAUUCUGGGGGCUGUUGCCUCGAAGAAAUACACUACAAUCCGACACGCGAUGAAGGCAUUGAAUGCAGCUGGUCAGGUUGUCUACCCUUCCCAAGAUCCUAAGGUGAAGAAUUACCAUAAUGCUAAAUAUCAUAUCUUCCGUGGACUUUAUGAGCAACAACUGGAGCAUCGUUCAAUCAUGGCUAAAGCUUUAGCAUAGGAGGCAUUUUCGUCGCAGCUACAAAAAGUCCAAGCAACAUGUUAUAGAGAAGCAAAUCAGGUAGAUGAAGGCAACUUCGAUUUAUAAAUGGUACUUUCUAUUUGUAAACCGUAGUGGAGUGAUAUGCCUCAAUAUAUCUCUCAGCCUUUUGGAUGGCAUGAAAUUUAAGAAAGCUAUACUGUUACAGGUCUUUUGGA